AUGGUUCAUUGUAAUUCAAUCACCUUAUUUGCAGCCAUUGGUGCCGCUUUUAUCGGUUACAAGGUCUUGACUUUGUUAAAAACGCUUUUCGAUACAUUUGUUGCAAGUGGUAUCCCUCUUAAAAAAUUUGGUGCUGGCGAUGGUGCAUGGGCAGGUAACGAUGCGUGA